UUCACUUCAUUUUUGGAUCUUUCAAGUUCCAACUGCUGCAGACCUGCAGUCUAUGUCUAUUACAACUCUCGAGUCAUUCCAAGAUCAAAUCUUUUCUAUCUUUCCUUUUCUUUAUCGUCUUCUUCUUUUUCUUUACUUUUUCUCCUCUGUCAUAUUAAGCAAUGCUACUCAAUGCCAUGCCUCCAUUUUCUUCCUUCAUUUCAGUGAAACCCACUACUAUAAACCCAUCUUCUUUAACCCCUAUUACCUAUAACUAUAUUUCUUCACAUUUGCCCCCCAAACUCUUUCGAAUUCAUUCAAAGUUACCUUCUUUUAAUCACUCAACUCUUCAAAUUUCUCAUAAACUUCAUUGCAUUUUGCAUGGACAAGAACUUUCAAGUGAAACCCUUGUUGCAGAAUCUGAUAUUAGUGAUGAUAAGGAUGAACAAAGUAGCUCAGUUUUACAAGAGAAGAUUGAAUUAGUGGAGCCCACUAGUGGGAAUAACUCUAAUCAAAGCUUAUGGGAUCAAAUGAUUGAGAUUAUCAAGUUUUCUGGACCUGCUACUGGCCUUUGGAUUUGUGGACCUUUGAUGAGUCUUAUUGAUACUGCUGUUAUUGGCCAAGGCAGCUCCAUCGAACUUGCUGCUUUAGGUCCUGGAACUGUUCUAUGUGAUUAUAUGAGCUAUGUAUUUAUGUUCCUUUCAAUUGCUACUUCUAAUAUGGUGGCCACCUCACUUGCCAGACAGGAUGAAGAACAAGUACAACAUCAGAUAUCAAUCUUGUUGUUUCUGGGUCUAGCUUGUGGUGUGUUGAUGCUUGGAUUUACAAAAAUUUUCGGUGCAUGGGCUCUAAGUGCUUUUGCUGGAGCAAAAAAUGUGCACCUUAUUCCUGCUGCAGAUACUUAUGUUCAGAUUCGAGCUUUAGCAUGGCCUGCUAUUCUUGUGGGAUGGGUUGCUCAGAGUGCAAGUUUGGGCAUGAAAGAUUCGAUGGGACCUUUGAAGGCUUUGGUAAUUGCAAGUGUAAUAAACGGUGUUGGUGACAUAGUACUUUGUAUGUUCCUUGGCUAUGGGAUUGCUGGUGCAGCAUGGGCGACUGCAGUAUCACAAAUUGUUGCAGCAUACACUAUGAUUGAUGCUCUAAACAAGAAGGGAUACAAUGGUUUUUCUAUCGAAAUACCAACUCCUGCUGAACUUCAAGAAAUUUUGACAAUUGCUGCCCCAGUAUUUAUAACUAUAGUUUCAAAGGUGGGCUUCUACUCAUUGAUUAUCUACUUUGCAACAUCUAUAGGAACGCAAACAAUUGCUGCUCAUCAGGUCUUGACACAAAUAUUCCACAUGUGUGCGGUAUGGGGUGAACCUCUUUCGCAAACUGCACAGUCGUUCAUGCCUGAACUUCUGUACGGAGUGAAUCGAAGUUUAGUGAAGGCUCGGGACCUGCUGAAGUCUCUUUUGAUAAUAGGGGGUUCCGUUGGACUUGUUCUCGGAAUUGUGGCAACAUCGGUUCCUUUCUUGGCUCCCAGUGUCUUCACUCCUGACCGUGCAGUUAUAGCCGAGAUGCACAAAGUCUGGGUUCCGUUCUUCCUUUCUUUAUGUGUGACUCCAUGUAUACUCAGCUGCGAAGGAAGUUUGUUGGCAGGAAGGGAUCUCAAAUUUAUUAGUUCAUCGAUGAGUGCAUGCUUUGCCUUGGGCACCCUUGUCUUGCUGCUUGUGAGAAGUCAAGGAUUGGGUUUGGUUGGCUGUUGGUGUGCACUUGUCGGAUUCCAAUGGGCACGAUUUUUUCUCGCUCUACAACGCCUUCUUUCUCGUAAUGGAAUUUUGUUCUCCGAGGAUCUUGAACGUUACAGGUUAUCUGAGCUGAAAACAGCUUAGGUAUUGAUCGCCCCACCAUAUUGGAAGAGCUUCAAAGAAACUUUUGGUGCUUCGAGUGUCUCUUUUAUACCACAUUGUCAAGAAAUCGUGCUCAGCAUUGUUCUCCGGAAGCCUAAACGAGGCUUAAAAGAAGGCGUACCAACGCGAAGACGCGAUGCAACUAUACAGUAACAAGUGAUAGUGCAAUAGUAAUAUAUAUACUAGUUGAAGAAAUUCUUCCACUAUUUGAAUCUAUUCAAGUUUGUCAUAGAUUUAUAUGCUUCAGUACUGAUGCUCAUUACAAUUCACAGUCAAAAUUUCAUUUCUAGUUCCAAAAGUACACAUAAUUAAAGAUGUUAAAUGUCACUUAUGUAAGGUUAAAUGCAAAAUCAAGUUCAAACA